GCGCCCCGCCCCGUCCGGCUGAGGCUUCGCUCCCCAACUCCCGCAGCGUUCGGGACCCCGGGACCUCUGUGCGGCCUGCUCGCCGGGUCCGGCCAUGGGCCCCGCAGCUCGCCCCGCGCUGAGGUCGCUGCCACCUCCUCCUCCGCCGGCGCCGUCGCCCCUGCUGUUGCUGCUGCCCCUGCUGCCACUCUGGCUGGGCCUGGCGGGGCCCGGGGCCGCGGCGGACGGCAGUGAGCCCGCGGCCCGGGCGGGACGGGGCGGGGCCCGAGCGGUACGGGUGGACGUGAAGCUGCCGCGGCAAGACGCUCUGGUGCUGGAGGGCGUCCGGAUCGGCCCCGAAGCAGACGCGGCGCCCAUGAUGGGCGGCCGCCUGAUGCUGAUGGACGUCGUGGAUGCUGAGCAGGAAGUGCCCAGAGAAGGCUGGAUUGCGGUGGCAUACGUGGGCAAGGAGCAGGCGGCCCAGAUUGACCAGGAAAGUCAGGGCAGCGGCCCACAGGCCUAUCCCAAGGCUCUGGUUCAGCAGAUGCGGAGGGCACUCUUCUUGGGAGCCUCUGCCCUGCUCCUCCUCAUCUUGAACCACAACGUGGUCCGAGAGCUAGACAUAUCCCAGCUUCUGCUCAGGCCAGUGAUUGUCCUGCAUUAUUCUUCCAACGUCACCAAGCUGCUGGAGGCACUGUUGCAGAGGACCCAGGCCAUGGCUGAGAUCACCAGCGGAGAGUCCCUAUCAGCCAACAUCGAGUGGAAACUGACCCUAUGGACCACCUGUGGCCUCUCCAAGGACAGCUACGGAGGGUGGCAGGACUUGGUGUGCCUGGGAGGCAGUCAGGCCCAGGAGCAGAAGCCCCUGCAGCAGCUGUGGAAUGCCAUCCUGCUGGUGGCCAUGAUCCUGUGCACAGGCCUAGUGGUCCAGGCUCAGCGGCAAGCGUCCCGACAGAGCGAGCGGGAGCCCGGAGGCCAGGUAGGAGCCAGCCCUCGGGAGCCCUGGUGUCCCCAGCUCUCGGGAACUGUGCCUGCCCUUACCCCACAGGUGGACCUGCUCAAGCGCCGGGUGGUACAGAGGCUGGCAUCCCUUAAGACCCGGCGUUGCCGGGUAGGCAGGGCGUCACAGGGCCCCCCGGAGCCUGCUGCUGAGACCUGUGCCGUGUGUUUGGACUAUUUCUGCAACAAGCAAUGGCUCCGGGUGCUUCCCUGUAAGCAUGAGUUUCACCGAGAUUGUGUGGACCCCUGGCUGAUGCUCCAGCAGACCUGCCCGCUGUGCAAAUUCAAUGUCCUAGGGAACCGCUAUUCGGAUGAUUAGCUGCCCCAGCUGGGUCUCUGCACGUGGGGAAGGGGCCCCUCCUGCCUGCACCCUGCUCCUUGGCUUGGGCUCCUGGAACAAGACUGCAGGGGGGACAGGACAGAAAGCCCUGGGGGUGGGAGGAGGGAUAGGGGCCUCCCCUGCUGAGGGGCAAGGUGCCCCACCACAUCCACAUGGGGAAGGAUGCAGGGCCUGGACCUGGCGGGAAAAGAGGCCAUGUUGAGGCCCUUCUCUGCUAUCCUGGGAACUUGUGGGCAGCUCCCAGGGCUCUGGGGAAGAGGGUGUGGGCACUGCCACUGUUCCCAGGGCCCUGGGAGCUCUCCGGCCUGCAAGGCAUCCCCAAGGGCUGAGGCUGCAGUGGCUGGGUUUUGUGCUUAUUUAUUGGGGGGUGGGUUGGGGAGGAGCUGUCUGGACUUGAGGGCACCCUGGCCUGACCAUCUUUCGGGACACAUUUUGGUCAAGGCUAUGAUGCUAAGCCCAGAGGCCCUUCUGCUGCCUGCUACCCUUGGUCUUUGGGCACCAGGAACUGCGUGGGUCCCACUGCCAGUCCAGCUAGGCUUCCUGCCGGGGCCUGGCUGGGACCAGAGGCCUUAGAAACCAUCUAGUCCUGUGUUUCUCAGUGGGGCUACAGGUUGCUGACCAGGAUACUUGAAGCCACAGGAUAAAUGUGGUACAUCUUCCAGGGGCGUCUGGGCUUUUUUUAGACUUGGGGUAGGGGAGGUUUAAUAUUAAAAUAAACAUGGAUAUAUUUUAACAUAA